UCAAUUUACUCACACACACAGUGUGCCUGAAAAAUCCAAAAAACAAAACAUAAAUGAGAAGGGGAUGAAAAAGAAGGGUGUUGACAACUUCAUGUCCCUUCUCAUCUUUUUUUGUGCUGCAGAGCUAAGUUAUGACUUGUGGAAUGAGUGAACCCAAUGAUGGAUUUUUUAAGAUGAGAUGGCAGAGAAUUGUUUUUUUCACUUUUUUCUAAGGUUGCUUUUUCUAACUGAAGUUGUACUUCAUUUUUAAAUACACUUCUGUUCUAUUAUUUAUGGCACUGCUGGGAAUGGGAGCAAAUAUGCAGUAUAAUGGCAAUUUCCCAGGAUAUUGCUCCAGAAUAAAUCUUAAUAUGGAGGCUAAUAGCAGCACAUGGCCCAUAAACAAUAUGGAUAAAAUGUUUGAUCGUGGACCCUUCUACAAUGGUGUUUUGUCAUCUUUUCCUCUUGAUCCGCUUUUGGGGUACCACAAGGAAGAAUUAAAGCAGAUGAUGCUCAAGCAUGAAACCAUAUUUAGGGAUCAGAUCCAUGAGCUUCAUCGCCUUUACAGUAGACAGAGGGCAUUGAUGGAUGAAAUGAGAAGGAAUGAAUUGUACACACCUGAACUAAGGUUGGAGACAUCAAAGUCAAAUUCUGUUCUGUCUCACGUCUCAAGUGAAUAUGCUCAAAAGACAUGUCAUGCCCCUAGCUUGCCUUGGGUAAACCCUACUUGUGGUGGAUUAUCAGUUUCAGGUGCUGAAAAUGUCCAAUUUCCUUUGAGUUCUAUUCAAGGAAAGAACACUCAAGCAUGUCCUGAUCCUGCUCAAACUGAAGAUUGUUUAAAAGACUUUGAGCUAUUGGAAUCCAAGUGCAAGAAAAUUGGGAAAAAAGUAUUGGAUCUUCAACUUCCAGCUUAUGUGUACGUUGACAGUGAAGAAGAGGAAUCAUUGGAAGAUGGAAAGGUUCCUAAAGUGCUUGAUCUGUCAAAUUAUACUUCAAAAGGAAUUACUCAGGUUGUGUGCAAUGGUGAUGUAAAUCCAUUUCAUGGCAGUAAUGAACUUAAGGAUGUUUUUUGUGAGGAAGCCUCCACUUCAGUAUUGAAGAAAUCCACAGCUCUGGCUGACUUAAAUGAGCCUGUUAAUUUUGAGGAAGAAGCAGCUUCUAAAUCUGAUUUUGUUGGCCCUACCAGUUGCAGGGAGAGCCCAUGCCUUGAUGUUUCCCAAAGGACAAAAUCAACCUUCCAGAUUUCUUCUGAGGAAGAUAUCCAAAAUACCUGUUCCAGAUGGGAUUUUGAAUCUCGCUCAGAUGUUGUACUGUCUGAAAAUAAAGAAAGAAAACGAGAGUGGUCAUCCUUCAGUGAUGAAGCUGGUUUUUUUGCAGAAAACUUAUCCAUGUUGCCUGAAUCAUCAAAAGAAGAGCUUCAGCAAGCUCAUCAGCCUCCAACAUUUCAUUUAUUAACUAAGAGUUACCAAGAAGUGCAGACUAAAAGAACAAUUUUCAGUGUUGAGAGCUUUGGAAGGAAUCAUGGUUCCCUCAAUGAUAGCCAACCUGGACCAAGCAGUGCUUCUUACAUGUGCACUACACGUGAGCUUGUUCCUCUUGCUGAUAUGGCCAUUUCUGGGUCAUCUCUAGCUGCAUCUUGUAGAAAACCUGUACGUGACAUGGUGCGAAAUCCCAUUGCUGUUCAAGCAUUACCCUGUUUUAACCCCUCUGUAUCACUGGGUAGUUCUAAAUCAUCAAUUGGGAGGCCUGGGCUUACUGGAGACAUAUCUCAUUCUGUUCAGGAUAGCUUUUGCAACAGCUACCAAUCAGAGCCCAAGAGAUUUAGGGUUCACCCACCAUCCUUCAGUUUUGAUAAUGUGAACAACAAUAACAGCCAUGAGUUAACAUCUGAACACCAAGGCCUUUCAAACUAUGUUCAGGGUUCAACGGACAUGAAGUCUUCUAAGAGCAUAAACUUGAAUUUUAUGCCUAAUUGCUGUUCUUCAGAUGUGGAAGUUUCGCAGAGUAUCCAGAGUAUAGAUGGAAUAGAGAAGCUUGAAGAAUUAACAGGGGGUUUGGUGCCGCUUAAAGUGAAGCAAGUACAUGACGGGAGACCCGAAAAAGGAAGUGAAGAUUCAACCCAGGUGGAAUCUGUCCUUUUAAAAGCUUAUUCAGAAUGUAUCCCUGAUGUUGAUCCAAAGAAAUUUGAGGCAAGCAGCUCCCCUAGUAAUAGAAGAAUCCUUGGUUUUCCCACUUAUGAAAAGCCUCAUAUAUCAAGUGAUCAGUGUUCUUCUCAUGCCUCCCAGUCAGAAACCCAUCAGAAUGGAGAUGAAUAUAUAGAGAAUACUCAGAAAGAUGUACUUGACAUAAUAUUGACUUGCGACUCUGUGCCUGCCUCAGGAAAAUGUCUUACUGCAAGUGAGCUUGUCCUAGAGAAUGGACUAGACAAAAAACAUGAAGGUUUUGGAAGUCACAUUGACCUGAACUCAUGUAUUAAUGAGGAUGAGUCUUCUCCAAUGCACUCUCUCUCAACAGAAGUUGAUCUUCAGGCACCUGCCAGUCCAGAGAACAAGGAGUGUUCCCCACCCAGAGGAGAGUCUAAUGAAACCUUACUUGAGACACCUUCUCAAUCAUCAAGACAGGAAGAUGCAGAUCUUCUAGGGGAACUAAUGAGGAUUGCUGCAGAGGCUAUAAUUUCCAUUUCAUCAUCAGAGGUUCAAAUUUGUAUUGAGAAGACCACUUGCAAGAUGUCUGAAGCUCCUUCAAGUGACUCCUUACAUUGGUUUGCUGGGAUAGUUUCUUCUGUGGUAGGUGAACCAGAGAAUGAGUCUGGAAAGGUUUUAAGUAGUAAGUAUAGUAAUCAUGAUGAUGAUGAGUUUCUGCCUGACGGAAUUGAUUACUUUGAGGCCAUGACAUUGAGGCUUACCGAGACAAAAGAGGAAGAGUGCUGCUGUAAGUGUAAUGUCCAAAAAGAGGAAGAAAGAGGUGUGAUUUUAUUACAAAGUCAGCCAAGGAAGGGCCGGACAAGGAGGGGGAGGCAGCGUAAGGACUUCCAAAGUGAAAUUCUACCAAGCCUUGCCUCUUUGUCAAGGUAUGAAGUGACUGAGGAUCUCCAAACAAUAGGAGGACUAAUGGAAGCUGCUGGUAGUCAUUGGGAAACAGGUUCUUUGAGAAAUGCAGGUAGAAGUGGGUCGACAAGGGGGAGGAGACGGUCUUGUGCCCCUUCUUCCAGCGUUGCAGAGAACACGGUGGGCUCACUCUUAAAGCAGCAAACUGCCAACAGUGAAAAGGGCAUUGAGGAGAGGAACCUAAUAGGCUGGGGAAAGAUCACUAGGCGGCGUAGGGGGCAGAGGCAUCCAGUUAGUAACCCACAGCUUAUUUUAGGCCAAGUAUAGCAAGAGUGAUUUUUAUCUCUCUUUGUUUUAAUGGUUUUUGGGUGAGGUGUUUUGUGGACCAUCGGAUUUCUUGUAAAUGUCUUCUAAGCCAUGGUAUAUGAAACAACUUUACUGGUGGAUAAGAAAAUGGAACCCUUGAUAUUUAUAUGUAUAUGGAGGUUUAAGCUUUUUUUAAGAAUGAAAUUUGCUCUCCUAAUGGACUUGAUAACUCAA